GAAAAAUCAUUGGAUACUUCGGUAUCUACUAGUUAUUUUUCACUCGAUGAUCAAACAUCGGGUAAAAAUUUGAAAGUCAAACGUUAUGUCAUAGCGCAGAUGCUAGACAAAAAAUUGAUUGCGGUUCACCCUAAUCCGACUGAUUUGAAACAAUGGCCCUUAUUUUUGGAAAUACCCGAUGAAUUAAAAUUGGAUUCGGAAAGGCCUCUCUGCUUAGGAGACAGCGUAAUUAUUUCGAAAUAUAAUUGGAUUGAGGGGAGAAGAGAAAUUGACACAGCUAACUGGAUGUUUCAGAGCCGAAUUAAUGCCCAGGCCAUAGCUUUAGAAAUUCUGGAUGUUUCGCUAGCCCCGUGGGUAUUUAACACUGGUUUUGUUGUGGAUAUUAAAAAGCGAAAAGGAAAAGAAGUUAAAAAUACUAUGGGCUCAGCGCUUGUAGUUGCUUUCGGAAUGGAGCGAACUGCGAAACUUUUUAACCGACAAUGCGCAGAAGAUCUCGACUUUGAGAAUCUUCAAAGGGGAAGCCUGCUUGAUAUGCAACUAGCGAAAAUUCCAGAAGGGUGGCUAAUCGGAGGAGCCUAUAUACUACCACCUGGGUCACGAAUAAGACACGGAACUGAAAUUCUAGCCAAAGAAAAUUCUCAUGUUCUAGCUAUAGCCAUGCCACAUCGAGAAAAAUGGCGUUGGUUAGCACGAAAUAAAACCCCAAUUUUCUUCCCAAUCACUCCUGACUACACAAUUAAGGAAAUAAAAUUCGCAGAAAACAUAAUGGCAGGCGCACUUAUAGCUGCUAGCGAAAUUGAGGAGAUUGCAAGAUAUGAAACAAUGUUCCAAGGAAGUGUAGGUUUAAGAGUUAAAGGAGAAAGAAGAAAUUUCUUUAUAGCGUUUGAAUCCACAGACAGAAGUUACACAAAGAAAAUUUGUGAAGUUUGGUCAAAAGACACAUCCAUUGCCGCUUACACAAACCUGUAUUCAAAAGCAUUUGGUCAUGGUUUUAUAAAAGAAAUUGAAAAGAAAAUAUAUGAAGAUUUAAUAACCAUUGAAAUUGAUAUAUUUUUGAUGCCAAACCCAGAAACCAUAGAGCAGGAAGAAGAUUUUGAAUUUAUGGUAGAAGGAGGAGAUGUAUUCAUUCGGACCACAGAAGAAGGUGGCGGAAUGAGAGCGCAGGCAAAUACUCUAGGCUUUAAUUUACCAUCCUCAAUUAUUGAAAAAGAAAAAUCGAAAAGGGCAGAAAUUUUGAAAGCAAUUCUUGGUCGUCGAGGGCCCGACGAAUUGAAGGGGGGAGCCGCUUUAGGGAAUCUCGACCUUGAAUGCACGCGCCAACUAAACACACAGCAGAAGGCCACGCUUGCAAACUGGCUUGAUGAAGGGACCGGGCGGGUGCACUAUCAACAAGCCCCGCCCGGGACCGGAAAGACCAGGGUUGCAGCGGCCUGUGUGGCAGCAGCUGUAAGCCAAAAGCCCGGGUGCGCUGUUCUUGGCACCGCGGCAGCUAAUUUACCCAUUUCCCGGUUAGUUGAGGAAGUUGAAAGGACUAUGCCAGACAAAGACAUGGUCGCCUUCUUCAGCGGUAUGGCUAAAGUCAGAUAUAAUGAACACAUUGCUGUUUUAGAAAAGCAACUCCUUGCUGCAAAAGUUAAGCGAAAUGAGUAUAAAAGCAAACUUGAAAAUCCCGAAAUAAGGGAUGUUGAGAAAUAUUUGGAAAUGAUUGAUACCCGCCCUCGACAUGCUGCUGAACGAAAAGUAGGGAAGGUAUUACAAGAAAAAGAUUUUAGAAAUGUGGCGUUUGCGACUAUACAAAUGGCAUUGGCAAUCCCCGGGGCACACAAUUCCACGUCCCACUUAGUUGUUGAUGAAGCCACUCAGGUUUCGUACACCUCUUUGGUACAUCUAGUGUGUCAAAUGCCGAGUCUGGUCUCCCUUCUCUUGACGGGAGAUCUCAGACAAAUUGGGGUGCAUUUAAAGGAUCUUCCGGAUUUAUUACACACAGGCUUUGGACUUGAAUCGAUUACGUGCCAGGUUGAACACUGUCCGCGUAUUUCCAUGACUGCUCUUGAAAUGUGUUAUAGAGCUCAUCCCACGUUAGUGACCUGUUUCGAUUACUCUUCAUAUCGCCAACAUAAUGAAAAGGUUUUACCUGCAAUAAAGGCGGAGGAUAGAAAGGGACUUACGCACUUGGGUGUAAAUCUUCCUAUCGCUAACAUUCCUCUAGUGCUGUUGAAUAUUUGUGGGACUACCCAAGUGGACCCGGCGUCUUAUAGUGUCAUGAACCCCGAACAACAUAACGCAGCGCUAAGAAUUGUAGAAGCGCUAGAGAAAAGAGACCCGGGUGGAGUGGUGGUGAUAUGUCUUUACUCUUAUGAAGCGGAAUGCCUCCGUAAGGAAUUGAGAGAAAUGGGCUUAGAAGUGGGAGUACAUACUACGGAUGCCUUUCAGGCGCAGGAAAAAAGGCUAGUUGUAUUAGUAACUACGCGCACACAGAACACAGCUGCAAAAUCAAAGCCCGCUGCAUCAGAAUUUCUGAAAGACUCGAGGCGCGCGACGGUAGCGCUGACGCGCGCACAGCAUGGAAUGGUCAUCAUAGCCGAUUUCCAAUCUCUGAGCGAAGGGGAAGUCUGGGCCCGGUUCGUAGAAGAAGCGCAAAAACAUACCCCAAUUGUAAAUGAAGGAUAUUUAGAGGUGAUGGAAAUGGAGGAUCCUUCAAGAGGGGCUGGCGGAAUUCUACAGGACCGAAAAGGAUGGUCGCUACAAGCAGUGCGGAAAGAAAUUCAAAUGGUUGAAGAAAGUCGUCGCAAGGGCGACAGAAUGUGCAACCGUUGUGGAGGCCGUGGACACAUGGCGAGAGACUGCCGACGAAAUUAA